AUGGCGCGGAGGGAAAAUUUAGUCUUGACCUUCCACACUCCUGAGGUUCCCAAAAUAAAGGGGAACCGGAAAUACCAAAGGUCUACCCUCCCCACCAACAAACAUCCGAAUGCCUCGAUGCCACCCCAGAGGCGGCAGCAUCAUGUGGAUCAGACACACACCUACAUCCGAAUGUUCUGUGGCAGCCUCUGUGGUUUUAGCCUCCUAAUGCUGAUCUGCAUAUCCCCACUGAACUGGGUGCAGUUCCUGGUGGUCAAGAAUGGCCUUGAGCUCUACGCAGGACUCUGGACCUUAUGCAACCAUGAGCUGUGCUGGAGCCACACACCCAAGCCACCCUAUUAUCUCCAAUAUUCCAGGGCCUUCUUCCUCAUCUCCGUCCUCACCAUACUCAUUGGCCUUGGCUGGCUCUUCAGCUCUUGCCUCCCUAGAAGAGGAAGCACGAUCCGCAACCUGGAUCUGAAGGUAUCCAUGCUCAGCUUCAUCUCAGCCACCUGCUUGCUCCUCUGCCUCAGCCUGUUUGUGGCCCAGGUUCACUGGCAUACUACGGAUGCCAUGGAGUCAGAUCUUCUGUGGACCUUCCAUCUUAACUGGUGGAGCGACUUCUUAUGCACGUUUGCUGGGAUCAUCUCUUUUCUCAACUACUUAAGUUCCAGAUCUCAUUCCCCUAAUCAAAAUGUCACUGUGAUUCCGGUAGAGAGAUCAAGGCUGGGGGUUGGUCCAGUGACUACAGUAUCACCUGCUGAAGAUGAACUUUCAAGGUCUAAGAUGGUAUCUCUAAGAGAGGGAGAAAAAAACCUACCAAAUGCAGGACUGUGAUGUUGCUAGGAAACCCUAACUAUCGCUCCUCUUAACAACGGGGGAGAAGCUUGAGUUGGGAAUGAUUGUGCAAAUUCUAGGAAACCAUCCUAAUAUCAUGUCCAUAUUACUGAAGGAGACAUCAUUAAAGUUGAUGAAA